AUGGGUCGCAGUCACGCGGGCUGGCCGGCGGCCGUCCCGCCCCCUCCUGGAGCCGUGUACGACGUCAAGACGAUCGAGCGGCACAUCCACCAGCUCCUGCGUGGAGGACCCAUCGAAGAUGACGCAUCAUCGAUGAACGGCGGCGAUGGCGCUGAUGGCGGCGAUCGUGCCGCGGCUGCGCCUCACCACCAGGCCCAGGCCGAGCCAGCCACGGCCACGGCCACCAGGCGCACGGCAUCGAAUGGGACGCACAACGAAGAGGAAGAGGAGGGCAACCACCACGGCGCCGGCCCGGCUGAAGGCGGCGUGACAGAGGAGAGGAGCGAAGCGGCGGUGAGCCACCAGAUCGCCAACGGCGGCACCGCGACGAGCAACGGCGCACACGAGCGUGGCACGAGAGGCGCCCGAAACCGAGGCAGGCGGGAGCGUCGUAACAGCAACAGCGGCGGCGGACCGGCAGCAGCGACGGCGCGGCCCCGCAGCAACAGCGGCAAAGCAACGAACAACGGCGUUGGCAUUGGCGGCGGUGGCCGGCCCGCGACGACCACCAACAGCAGUGACAACAGCGCGGCCACCACGGCGACCACCACCGACAGAGACGGCCGCAGGCCGCGGACGCUGCAGAAGCAGCAGGGCAAGCCGGAGAAGCCGGCGUCCAAGUUCCAACGACAGGGCCAGCGCGGCGCCAACGGCGCCACCGCGCCGGCGACCAGCCACCGUCGUCUGCCGCCGCCCGAGGUCCUCGCGCCAGCUGCGGCCACGACGCCCACCGUCGCUGCCGCAGCAGCCGACGUGGAGGACAUCACCCAUGGUGUCCACGCGAUGGGCAGGACCCAGCAGCAUUCCUCCUCAUCAUCAUCCAAGCAGCAGUGGAUCGCCAAGGGACCGCUACCGGUCAAGCCGGUAUCGACUACGAGUCCCGUAGACGCUGACGCUCUGCCCGCUGCGGCCGCGAUGCCACCACCACCACCGGUCGUGGUGCAGCUGCCGCCGCGACAAAAGGCGCCCAAGGUCGCUCUGGAGAGGGAGAAGCGCGCAAAGAUAGCGAAGGACAUGCUCCUCUCCUUCGAGACCCUGCGGCCCUCCGACCAGGAGAUGCAGGCCAAGCUCGACGUCAUCAAGCGUCUCCAGCGGAUCGUCGGCAAUCUCUGGCCGGGCUACCAAGCGAAGCUCAACCUGUUCGGGUCGUCGGCCAACGGCUUCUGCCUGAAGAACUCUGAUCUCGACAUCUGCAUGACCAUCGACAAGCGGGCGGGCACCAAGAAGAAAAUCGUUAACCGCAUCGCUCGCGUUCUCCGUGAACAUAAAAUGAAGGACGUGACGGCCCUCUCGCACGCCAGUGUACCUAUUGUCAAGUUUGAGGAUCCCCUCAGCAAAUUUUCCUGUGACAUUUGUAUCAACAACAUCCUGGCGCUGCACAACACCCACAUGAUCGCCCAGUACUCGCGUGUCGACAGCCGGCUUCUUCAGCUGGGCUACUUUGUCAAGCACUGGGCCAAGUGCCGAAAGCUGGAUGAGCCCUACACCGGCACCCUCUCCUCCUACGCUUGGAUCCUACUGGUGAUCAACUUCCUUCAGCAGCGAAGCCCACCCGUCCUACCGUGCCUGCAGCGAGUCGCGCCCAGUGGCGACCUCCGCGGUGACGUCCCCGUCGUCAUGGUCAAGGGUCACAACUGUUACUACUACUCGGACGACAUCAGGCGAUUACGGUUCAGGUCCCAGAACCAGGAAACGCUGGCCGAGCUGCUGCUCGAAUUUUUCUAUCUUUAUGCGGAGGAGUUUGACUAUGAGCACAUGGUGGUGAGCGUGCGGCGAGGGACGAUGCUGACGAAGAAGGAGAAGCGGUGGGACAAGCUCCCCAAGACGGUCAAGGAGAACCACUGGUUCUCGAUCGAGGAUCCGUUCGACCUCACCCACGACCUGGGCCGGGUGGUGGACCAGGACAACCUGAAGGCCAUCCAGCACGAGUUCAGGCGGGCCUACACCCUGCUCACCACCACGAGCGACCUCGCCGAGCGACUAAAUGCGAUCGCUUCGAUUCUACCCUUCUACUCUUCUCUUUUCUUCUUCUUGUGUUCGUCCCGCUCGUAUCACCGACCCAUCAACACCAUCAGCACCGCCGGCAACAACGCCGUCAAGAGGAAGAUCAAGACCAAGCUGCUCAAGAUAGAGGACCUCAAGGGACGCACCUACAAUCAGAACCGGAGCACCGAGCUCAAUAUAAUCGACGAGAACGACUACUCACAGAGAGCGCUCCUGCUCGCCAUCGAGAAGGUGUUCUCGCACAAGUUUGCUCGCAAGAACCAGCUCCCCAUCGUCACGUGGUUCGUCCACGAAUGCAAGGAACCGAUCGACAUUCAUGGCCGUAUCAUCCCCAUGGACAGGUUGAGGCGCAUCAUCGAGAUCCGGCUACGAAACUACAUGUACCACCCGGAUAUCAAGCCCGAGGACGUCAUCAAGUUCAACUACGACGAGAGGCACCAGGUCCAUCUCAACCCCCCCCCCUACCACUUUGGUGGCGGCGUAGGCAGCCGAGGCACCAGGGACAAGGGCAAGGAGAAGGCCGACUCGUCGGGACACGAAGGAGAAGAAGGGACGAUGAUGGAAGGAGGGUCCACCCCCACGAAAGGGUCCAAUCUCUAUCACCUGAGCAUCCCCACGUACAAGGACCUCAACAUCGAUACCAAGAUGGUGUCGUACCAGAGCCGCCUUCUCGAGACCAUCAUGAUCAAGCCAACGGGCUCCGGCGGCUGUGUCGAAAGCUUGACGAAGUCCAUUACGAGCGAUAUCAUCAUGAUGAUGAAGCCUGUGCUGAAGAGACCUCCGGCAAUUAUCCCGAAGAUACCUCCGAGCGUCAGUGACCACCUCGGUCCUGAUGAGGUGUUUGUCAACAUGAGCUGCAUUCUCGACCUUGUUAGAACGUACCAAUGA